AUGGUCCUCGCCGCCCUCUACGGCAGCUCGCUCUCGCGCGCCAACACCGAGGAGAGCUCGCUCGACACCCUGACAAAGACCACCAUCCCGUACAAGGACCAGGAGCGCAAAUGCUCCUCGUUCCCUCCGCCGCUGAAGGACAUCCGCUUCACGAUGGCCACGUACAUCACACUGACGCAGCUGCUUGGCUUUGCGGGCAUCUUCUUCGUCGCCACCAUCUGGUGGGCCUUCAUCCUCUGGCCAAUCACCGGCUUUGGCAUCACCGGCGGCGCGCACCGGCUGUGGGCGCACCGCAGCUACAAGGCGUCCUUCGCCUACCGCUUCGUCGUGAUGCUGGUCAACUCGUGCGCCAACCAGGGCACCAUUUUCCACUGGGCGCGCGACCACCGCACGCACCACUUCCACUCGGAGACGGUGGCCGACCCGCACGACGCGAUCCGCGGGUUUUGGUUUGCGCACAUGGGGUGGCUGUACCUCAAAAAGGACCCGCGC